AAUUUCGCUUUCCGAGGCUGCACACGCGCCUCACCUCGCCUCGUUCCAUCCAGAUUCAGAGGGGAGACCCGCCAGUUGCUGCUCCAUUUCGCGGCAAAGAGAUCGCCGUCGGCCCGGAGCGGCGGCGGACUGGCGGAGGGAAGCGGAGAUGGACGCCGGCGAGCUGUCCAUCGUGCACCACAUCGGCCUGGUGCUGGCCGCGCUCUGGGCCGCCGGUUCCGUGGGGUGCUGCCACUCCGUCCUCUUCAUCCUCGCCUUCUUCUACCUCUACUUGGUGAAUGCCCGCUGUGCAAUGAGACUGCAAAAGCGAAUACAACAUGGGGAAAUGAAAUCUGCCUACCAACGAAGACUGCUUUCUGAUGGAGAAUCUGUGCGUUGGUUAAAUCACGCAAUCAACAAGAUGUGGUCUAUUUGUAUGGAGAAGAUUGUUUCACAACUUUUAGGACCCAUCAUACCGUGGUUCUUGGAUAAGUUCAAACCUUGGACAGUUAGUAAAGCAAGUGUCCAGGAGCUUUACAUGGGUAGAGAUCCACCAAUUUUUACAUCAAUGAGAGUUCUACCUGAGACAUCAGAUGAUGACCAUUUGGUUCUGGAGCUAGGGAUGAACUUCCUAUCUGCUGAAGAUAUGAGUGUUGUGCUUGCUAUGCAGCUGCAUAAGAGUGUGGGACUUGGAAUGACCGCAAACAUGCAUUUGACUAGGAUGCAUGUCGAGGGCAAGGUUUUACUUGGUGUGAAGUUUGUUCGGAGUUGGCCAUUUCUUGGCCGUCUAAGACUAUGCUUUGUGGAGCCUCCUUAUUUUCAAAUGACUGUCAAACCACUCGUUGGUCAUGGACUUGAUGUCACUGAGUUUCCAGGAAUUUCAGGAUGGCUAGAUAAGUUGAUGGAUACUGCAUUUGGGCAGACAUUAGUUGAGCCCAACAUGCUUGUCAUCGAUAUGGAAAAGUUUUCAUCUACUCCUUCAGAAAAUAACUGGUUCAACAUUGAGGAGAGGCCUCCUGUUGCAUAUGUGAAACUUGAGAUUUUGGAAGGAAUUGAUAUGAAACCAUCUGAUAUAAAUGGGCUCUCGGACCCUUACGUGAAAGGUCGCUUUGGUCCUUUCAAAUUCCAAACACAAAUACAGAGGAAAACAUUAUCCCCUAAGUGGUUUGAAGAAUUCAAGAUACCUAUCACGUCGUGGGAGGCAUCAAAUGAACUUGUUAUCGAAGUUCGUGAUAAGGACCACAUGUUUGAUGACUCGCUUGGAGAGUGCACCAUAGACGUACAUGAGCUGAGAGGUGGACACAGACAUGACAAAUGGAUAUCGCUGAAGAAUAUCAAGAAAGGAAGGAUCCACUUGGCAAUAACAAUUGAAGAUAUAUCAGAGGAGAAGGAUGUAACUGGUCUGGAAGAAUCGCUGACAAAAGCUGAUGCAGAACUGCCAGUGUCAACAUCUGCUGACAGCAAGUCGGAUGCUGCUAAACUACCUGAAGAAAAGAAAGCCUUAAUGGAUGAAGUGGAGCACAUUAACAUUGAAGGACAAGAACAACCUGGAGGGGUAUAUGUACAUCGCCCUGGUACUGGAGUUCCGAAGACAUGGGAAUCCCGGAAAGGACGAGCACGUUGUCCGGACACAGAGAUUUACCAGGAGGUUGACAUAUCAAAGGAAACCCCUCCCACUCCAAAAAGCAGUGGACAAGGGGGGAUGUUCAAUCUUGGCUCUUUUUUCCGGAGGAACUCGAAGAAGGGGAGCUCCCGAGAUCUUGAUCCUAGCCUCCCUGCAACUCCAAGCUCUCAGAGUGCGACAGAGGUUGAUCCAAAGCUCCCUCGAACUCCACGUCCCAACCUUAAGGAGCUUGGUGAGAAGCGUACGUCGAUAAAGAUUGUUGUGGAUGAAGAGGCAAGCAAGUUAGGAGAGACAGAAGAUGUAGCAAAGGUGAUGGCGAAAAAUGCAGGCGAGCCAGGUAGAUCAUUGACAAGCACAUUGAGCAGGAAGAUUUCUAUGAAGAGAAAGGAGGACACGCUGUCGGAUAUUCCGGAGCAGGUUGAAACUCAUGGACCUGAGGUGGUGGUGAAUGAAGGGCCUAUUCUAGUCGAGGGUAAGCCUAUGGAUGGCCGUCCGAUAACAGAAGAUGGCAGUGUACAGGGUGUUGCAGUGGACGUAGAAACUACUCCUCAGACUUCAUAAAUCACAUUAGGUGCAAGAUCAGCAAUUUUUGUUGCUGUUGCUGCUGCUGCUGCUGGCAGUAGAUUUGCUUUGUGCAUGUGGCAUUGCCUGUUGUUCAUAUGGGUGCAGAAAUGCAGAAUAAUAGUGAUUUAGAGGUUGUUGUAAAAUAUGACGAAGAGCAGUGUGCUGUGCACUCAUAGGUGAUUUUCUUUUGAACAGUGUGCACUCAUAGGUGAUUAAUGUUGUGAGAUGCAUUUCUUUGACAAAACAGUUGUAAAGAUAUGUGUGACUACCCAACAAUUUGUAUGUACACAGACACAUGUAUGUAAAAAGCAAGUUAUAGAUUCUCUAUUGUGAUAUUUUUCUC